AUGACUACGUUGUCUACCGCGUCACACAGUCUUGCGGAAAGGCCUUGGGACCAAGCCUAUAACAACCUCCGAGGUGGGCAGGAAUCCAAAUUGGUACAAGAAUACGAAAAAUUGAUUUCCCUUGAUCUCAAGAAGGGUGAUCAUAAAUCCGUAAUAACGGCGCCGUCGUUGGAAGGAGUCGAAAAUCGAAUUGAGCAGGACGACCCAGAGAAGCGGCGAUCACAGAUGAGAGGUAUCGUCAAAAUCGGACUUCAGAAAACAGAGAAACAAGCUGAGUCAAAGCGCGUGAUGGGAGCCAUUCUGGGUGGUGUCAACUCCGUGAGAGAUAUCAUAAGUGCAGCGAUAUAUUCUUCGCCUCAGGCUGUGAUUCCUUGGGCUGUAGUCACGACUGCUUUGAAGAGUCUGCCGCCAAUCGUAGAGGAAGGAUGGACUGGUCGGCAAAGCGAUCAUUCUGUAAAACGCAACGAAGGUACCGGAUUAUGGCUGAUAGAGUCAGAUGAAUUUCAGGCAUGGCUACAGCAAAGGGGAAAGGCUCUUUUCUACUAUGGGAUUCCUGGUGCUGGUAAAACUAUUCUAACAUCCGUCGUCGUGGAGGAAAUCGGCACAAGAUACUACACUGAUAACACUGUUGGAAUUGCCUAUGUGUAUUGCGAGUUCAAUCAACAAGGCAGCUUGAAACCCGUCGAUUUAUUCCUGAGUGCGCUCAAACAGUUGACCGAAGGGCUUCAUUUCAUUCCUCCCGACUUAGAAGAGCUUUACAUUCGGCGCAGAAACGAGCGACCGACCUUUGCUGAUGUCUUGCAGGAAGACAUCAAGACUCGCAUCGUUGAAGCAGCGAAUGGGAUGUUUCUGCUUGCUAACCUUCACUUGGAUUCUUUGAAAGGACUAGGCUCUGCUGGAAUUGAAUAUAUCAGCUCCGUCGUUGCCGGGUUGUUUACGCUUGAUGGGAGCAGUAAUCAAGUGCGCCUGGUCCAUUAUACGACUUACGAUUACUUGAAACGCACUCUGCCCUGUUGGUAUCCUCUUGGUAACAUGGAAAUUGCGAGGAGUUGCGUUAUACAUUUUUCAUUCGAUACAUUUGGAACUGGUCCUUGUCCUGAUUCCAAAGGCCUCGAGGAGCGAUUGCGCCGGAAUGAUCUGUAUUACUACGCUGCAAAUAAUUGGGGAUAUCAUGUCAGCUCGUCCAAUAUUGAUGGAGAAGAUUUGCUUGUGAAGUUUCUGGCCACCGAAGCCAAGGUAUCAGCCUGUAUUCAAGCUAUGAAACCACGCUUAUCUACCCCGAAUCAAAAUGAAGAGACCCCGACAGACGUGAUAGGCCUACACCUCGCAGCGUACUAUGGACUAGUUAAAACUAUACAUGGUUUCAUUAAUGAGUUGCCAGACAUUGAUCUUGAGACCAAGGGGGACUUCAAUCGGACGCCACUUUUAGUGGGCGCAGAGAUGGUGAAUCAACUGCUAGACAAAGGAGCCAACCCAAAUUCUGCUGACUGCGACUUCGGCUGGACAGCUUUAACGAAAGCGAGUGAAAUCAGAGACGCAGAGGUGGUCAAGGUACUGUUAGAUCAUAAAGGUGUUAAUAUCGAGGCCUAUGACGCCUAUCUCGCUGCAACUGCUCUUUUAAUAGCUGUAAGUGGCGGGCACGAGAUAAGCAAACUUCUGCUGGAAAGCGGCGCCAAUUCGCAGGCCGAGAAUAAUUUUGGUGAAACAUUACUUGACGUGGCUGCGCAGAAUGGGCAUUUACAAAUAGUGAAGCAGACGCUGGACAAGUUUGCAAACUAG